UACCGGUACAGCCGGUACAUCUGUAGUUUUUCCUCCUCGUUGUUGAUUGCGUUUUCGAUAAAGUUUUUAAAAUAUCGUUUAUUUUUGUCAUGUGUUCAAGACUACAGUGAUUUUUUCUUCUUACGAUCCGCGAAAAUAUGACGUUCUUAUUGGGAAGAUUGAAAUUCAAUGACAUUAUUAAAGUACCGAGAAGAUACAAAAAUGGACCAGAACAUUGGGCAACCCUCAGGAAGAAAAAAACUUCCAAGGACAAGGCGCUUCAGCACUUCGACGACUUUUAUAGCAAGGUGUACGGAGAAUCCUGGCAAUUGAUAAGAUCAGCGCUUUUGAAACAGUCAAGCAAGUAUAUUGCAGUGGUAAACAAUUUUGGCAAUACAAAGGGGACGAUAGAGAAGUUUGAGCUCAUGGGAGCGAUAGAUUUGAAAUCAAUUUAUGAGGCACAGAAACGAAACUUGCCAAUAAGGAAUGCUAGAGCUAAGAUCAAAGCGUCGAAGAUGGGAAAGGAAAAAUGGACAAAUGAGGAGGAGGUGGAGACGCAUAGUCCCUUGGAACAGGCAAUGGGGGAAAAGUUAAAAGAAUUACAAUCGGUGUAUCCGCCCAAUUACGAGCCUUCUGUCUCUUCUCUGGAAGAGGCAACUCGGAAUGAAGAGAGGAGUAAAUUAGCCGAGCCUCUCUCACCUGUAACAAUGCGCUCGAUAGAAGAAGAGGCUGUCAUGGAUUGCAAAGAUCACAGUAGAAUCGUGAGAUCCGCGACAGGGAUCACGAGCAUGACCAUUCACGAAUACGUACCGGCAACGAAGAUCAAAGGUCUGGAAGAUUGGAUUCUAGAAUCUUCGCACUACAAUUAUUACGAUCAAGACAACGAUUUCUCUGUUCAAGUUGAAAAAGAUCCGGUGUUGAGUUUCCCAGAGCAUUUAAAAGUUUACACCUUUGAAGCGCUUAAUGACAGCAAAUUCCCAUCCCCGAGGCGUGGCACCGAGGGCGUUUACGAUUUUUAUCUCAUGGACGGUGGCUCGAUACUCCCGGUACUGGCGCUCGAUCUUCAGCCCGGUGACGCUGUACUCGAUAUGUGCGCCGCGCCUGGCGGAAAAUCUCUAGCCGCCUUGCAAACUCUUAUGCCGCGCGUUCUUGUCGCGAAUGACGUCAAGCUCAGUCGUGUUAAUCGGCUCAAUAACGUUAUCGACGAGUAUUUUGGCGAUCUUGACGUUUGGCAGGACAGAUUGUUCGUCACGAACAAAGACGCUCGUGUUUUGGAAGACACCGACACGUUUAACAAAAUCUUGGUCGACGUUCCCUGUACCACCGACCGUCAUGUUCUUCACGAAGACGAAAACAAUAUCUUCAAACCGACGCGUAUUCGCGAGCGACUUCAGCUCCCCGAAUUGCAGUCGGAAAUACUGGGUCAAGCCCUGAAAAUCGUCGCACCCGGUGGUACGAUCGUUUAUUCUACAUGUUCUCUCAGUCCCAUACAAAAUGACGGGGUUGUUCAAAUGGCUCUCAAAAAAUCUUGGGAAGAAACGAAGUCAGCGUUCGUCGUGAUGGACAUGAUGGAGGCCCUCGAACCGUUGCGAUGUCUCUAUAAAUUUGGGGAUUACGGUCUGAAAUACGGUCAUAUCGUGAUACCGACCAAAGGCAACAAUUGGGGUCCAAUGUAUUUUUGUAAAAUUACCAAGCUUCGGUGAUGCCCCUAACGCUGCCUCUGGGCCAAGAGCUUUCAAUUCAGACGAAUGUCCACAACGAAAAUUACAAACGUUUGCAUUUGUAAUGACAAAUUACAUAACACUAUAAUUUUGGCAAAUCUUUUCGAAAAAUGAAUGGGCGUUCGAACGGGCAUGAAACAGCCGAGUCAUUAAGGAGUAAUAGUCUGUAAAUAUAUUAUAAUACUUUUAUCGUAAUAGAAAUUAAAAGAGAGAUCGCGGGUGAAUUAAAAAAUUAAUUCAAUUGGA